GGAGGACAGGAGGAGGAGGAGAAGGUGGAGGAGGAGGAGGAAGAGGAGGAGGAGGAGGAGGAAGAGGAGGAGGAGGAGAGAAGGAAGAAGAAAAAGAAGAAACCCACUGUCUCCUAGGAUUGCUUUUUCCCCUUUUGCGCGCGUGUGCGCGUGGCGCGUGUGCGCCCCUCGUCCCUUCCAUCUGAACCCGGUCUUGGAUGUUUAAUAAAGAAAUCAAGUGUCUUACCAGUCACCAAAAAAAAAAAAAGCAAAAAACAACCAAAACCAAAAACAGAAAAAAAAAAUUCCAAAAGCAAAAACAAAAAGAGAGAGUGGGGGAAAAAAACCAAACAAACAAACAAGGCAGAACCAACCUCCACUUGCAAGCAGCGGGCUCAAGCCAGUGUCUGCCGCCCAGAGAGGGGGGUCUCCGGGCCCCGCGGUGAGCACUGGCAAGGGGGGGGAUCGUCAGGGGGACAGAGGCCGAGUGACGUCCUAGGAGCCACCGGGCAAGAGGCGGAGGAGCCCCAGAGAGACGCGGAGACAGCGGCCCCCGCGCAGCUGGGGCUGGGGCGCCAGAAGUGGGACUGGAGCGAGUAGAGCGAUGCCAAGGAGGAAACAGCAGGCACCCAAACGGGCGGCAGGCUAUGCCCAGGAGGAACAGCUGAAGGAAGAGGAGGAAAUAAAAGAGGAAGAGGAGGAGGAGGAAGACAGUGGCUCAGUAGCUCAGCAUCAGAGCAGCAAUGACGCUGGGACCGAUGAGGAGCUAGAAACCGGCCCAGAGCAGAAAGGCUACUUCAGCUGCCAGAACUCUCCAGGAAGCCACCUGUCCAAUCAGGACGCGGAGAACGAAUCUCUACUGAGUGAUGCCAGUGACCAGGUGUCAGACAUCAAGAGCGUCUGCGGCCGAGAUGCCCUGGAGAAGAAGGCGAAUGCUCAUCCCAAGCUUCCAAGCGAAACCCAUAACUGCAUGGAUAAAAUGACGGCCGUCUACGCCAACAUCUUGUCGGAUUCCUACUGGUCAGGCCUGGGCCUCGGCUUCAAGCUCUCAAACAGCGAGAGACGGAAUUGUGACACCCGAAAUGGCAGCAACAAGAAUGAUUUUGAUUGGCACCAAGACGCCCUGUCCAAAAGUCUGCAGCAGAACUUGCCUUCCAGGUCGUCUAAGCCCAGUCUGUUUAGCUCCGUGCAGCUGUACCGGCAGAGCAGUAAGAUGUGCGGAACCGUGUUCACCGGCGCCAGCAGGUUCCGCUGCCGACAGUGCAGCGCAGCCUACGACACCCUGGUCGAGCUGACCGUGCACAUGAACGAGACGGGCCACUAUCAAGAUGACAACCGGAAGAAGGACAAGCUGAGGCCCACGAGCUACUCAAAGCCCCGGAAAAGGGCCUUUCAGGACAUGGACAAGGAGGACGCUCAAAAGGUUCUCAAGUGUAUGUUCUGUGGUGACUCCUUCGAUUCCCUCCAAGAUUUGAGCGUCCACAUGAUAAAAACAAAACAUUACCAAAAAGUGCCUUUGAAGGAGCCAGUACCAACCAUCUCAUCAAAAAUGGUCACUCCAGCCAAGAAGCGUGUUUUCGACGUCAACCGGCCUUGCUCCCCCGAUUCCACCACGGGGUCAUUUGUGGAUUCGUUUUCUUCCCAGAAGAAUGCCAGCCUGCAGGUGCCCUCCAACAACCGCUAUGGCUACCAAAACGGCGCCAGCUACACCUGGCAGUUUGAGGCCUGCAAGUCCCAGAUCUUAAAGUGUAUGGAGUGCGGGAGCUCCCAUGACACCUUGCAACAGCUCACCACCCACAUGAUGGUCACGGGUCACUUUCUCAAAGUCACCAGCUCUGCCUCCAAGAAAGGGAAACAGCUGGUGUUGGACCCGCUGGCGGUGGAGAAAAUGCAGUCUCUGUCAGAAACCCCGAACAGUGAUUCUCUGACUCCCAAGCCAUCCAUCAAUUCAGCAUCUGACUGUACAGCCUCCACCACGGAACUAAAGAAAGAGAGUAAUAAACAAAAGGCCGAGGAGCUCAACAAAGAGGAGAAGGCCGUGAAAAGCGAGGGCUACGAAGAUCCUCUGCAAAAGCCUUUAGACCCCACCAUAAAAUACCAGUAUCUAAGGGAGGAGGACUUGGAAGAUGGCUCAAAGGGUGGGGGGGACAUUUUAAAGUCACUGGAAAAUACUGUAACCACAGCCAUCAACAAGGCCCAAAAUGGCGCUCCCAGCUGGAGCGCCUACCCAAGCAUCCACGCAGCCUACCAGCUGUCAGAGGGCGCCAAGCCAGCCAUGUCCGUAGGGUCACAGGUCCUGCAGAUCCGGCCCAACCUCACCAACAAGUUAAGGCCGAUUGCACCCAAAUGGAAAGUCAUGCCACUUGUCUCUGUGCCCACAAACCUGGCCCCGUACACUCAAGUGAAGAAAGAGUCAGAGGACAAAGAUGAAGCCGUGAAGGACUGUGGGAAAGAAAGUCCCCACGAAGAGGCAUCAUCCUUCAGCCACUCUGAGGGGGAGUCUUUCUCCAAAAUCGAGCCACCGUCAGAAUCCAGAAAGGCCGAGCCAUGUCCCCUGAAGGGGGAAGAGAAACUGCUGAAAGAGAUCGUUGAGAAAGAGAAACCCCAGCCCUUGGAGCCAGUGUCUUCUCUGAGCAACGGAUGCACGCUGGCCAACCAUGCCUCGGCCCUGCCUUGCAUCAACCCGCUCAGUGCCCUCCAGUCAGUCCUGAACAACCACCUGGGCAAAGCCACAGAGCCCUUGCGCUCUCCAUCCUGCUCCAGCCCCAACUCAAGCACAAUUUCCAUGUUUCACAAGUCCAAUCUCAAUGUCAUGGACAAGCCUGUCAUGAGUCCUGCCUCCAACAGGCCGGCCAGUGUGUCCAGACGCUACCUGUUUGAGAACAGUGACCAGCCCAUCGACCUGACUAAGUCCAAAAGCAAGAGAGCCGAGUCCUCGCAAGCACAAUCCUGCACAUCUCCACCUCAGAAACAUGCUCUGUGUGACAUCGCAGACAUGGUCAAGGUCCUCCCCAAAGCCACCACCCCAAAGCCAGCCACCUCCUCGAGGGUCCCUCCGAUGAAGCUGGAAAUGGAUGUCAGACGCUUUGAGGAUGUCUCCAGCGAAGUCUCUACUUUGCACAAAAGAAAAGGCCGACAGUCCAACUGGAACCCUCAGCACCUUCUCAUCCUGCAAGCUCAGUUUGCCUCCAGCCUCUUCCAGACAUCAGAGGGCAAAUAUCUCCUUUCUGAUCUGGGGCCGCAAGAGCGGAUGCAAAUCUCGAAAUUCACGGGACUCUCGAUGACCACCAUCAGCCACUGGCUGGCCAAUGUCAAGUAUCAGCUUAGGAAAACAGGCGGGACAAAAUUCCUGAAAAACAUGGACAAAGGGCACCCCAUCUUUUACUGCAGCGACUGUGCUUCCCAGUUCCGAACCCCUUCUACCUACAUCAGUCACUUAGAGUCUCACCUGGGUUUCCAAAUGAAGGACAUGACCCGGAUGGCUGCGGAUCAGCAAAACAGAGUAGAGCAGGAAAUCUCCCGGGUGUCAUCGGCUCAGAGGUCUCCGGAAACAAUAGCUGGCGAAGAGGACACAGACUCUAAAUUCAAGUGACAAAUGCCUUAGUUUGGACGUUGCAGCCCGGAUCUCCCUCACACUGAGACCUCCUUCGUUGAAUCCCCCUGCUUCUGACAUUGAACUCUUUGACCUCCUCCUGACACUCUGCUCCAAGAAGACUGAGAAAAACAAAAUUCACCCCAGCCAUUUCUCUUCAUCCUCACUAACAAUUUGGUAAUGAAGUAUUGAUUUCCACUUCUCUCCUUAUGGACGAUAUUAGAUUUUCAUUGAUAAACUGCAAUGGGCCUGUCUCGUCUCUGAGGCCCCCUUUUUACUGUCACAAGAAAACAAAGUGCCACUGAAGAAAAAUAAUGACUGGGGACGUUGAUGUACUUAUUCUGUCGGUUUGCAGCAGGAAAGGGAGGGGGAAUAUCAGUCUUCAUAGUUUAACGUCCAAGUGGGCUACACUUGGAAGCUUACUUUUCAUGGUAAUGUCAAUUUCCUAUUUAUAACCCCCCUGGGAACGUUUGUCUAAAGGAAAUGUUUCUGUUCAGUGUAACAAUUACGGUUGCACCUGGAUUGCCCAGUCCUGCCCCUGCACCAGGGAGCCAUUAGUCAUGGCAAAGUGGAAGGCUUACUAAGUUAAACCAGAGUUGGAGCCAAGAAAACCUCCCAACAAUGUUCAUCUUCUGUGAAAGUUGUUCAAAUAGUCAGGCUUACCCAUGUUGCUGCCAAAGCCUUUUCCCUGUGUGCUGGGAGAAAUGUAUGACCUCUGCCUUUAUCUCGAUUGGUUUACAAGCUUAGUUUCCAGUAUGCACCACCAUCCGAGGAGACCUACAAACUGGCCCAAGUGGUGAAAGGCGGAAUCAGAGAAAGCAAGGAGAUGCCAGGGCCAAGGGCGUAGCUGCGGCCUUCCUGUCGUCUCCCUGCGGGGCCUGCUGUCCGCCCGCUCUAAAAUGCAACCUCUCAGAACCAACAGAAUGCAUGAAAAUAGGGUGUCCGUUUGAAAUGUGUUCCUGCAACUUUUCUCAUUAAAACUUUAAGGGCCCAAUUUUAAUUUGUGGAAUAUUCCCGUUAAUAAUGAGAUCUAAUUAAGACAUCCAUUAAAAGCCCGUUAAAGUUAAUUUAACGUAAAAAUUCCAAUAGAACUGUAUUAGAUUUUCUCCAUUAAAUUAACGUUAUGGAUUUUUAACGGAUGUCUUAAUUAUACGUUAUUAUUAACGGGAAUACUGUAUUACACAGAUUAAAAUCAGGUCCUAAGUCAACUUGGAAAAGCUAAGAGCAUGUUUUCAUAUUAAAGUCUUGCAUACCUAGAGCCCAGUUUGGAAACGCAGGGGUAGAUCGGUUUGUUCUAAAUGAGUGCUUUCUCUACAGUGGAAAGCAACCUAUAAUAGAUAAAUCUAUCAUUGCAUUUAAACAAUGAGUCUUCUUAUUCUCAAAGGACAGCUACGUCUGGACUGUAUUGUAAAUUGCUACUCAGCUAUAGGUGAAAUAUUUAAACUAGUCUCUGCACAACACACACUAGGAGUUAGAUAACUCUGGAACAAAAUACAUGGUAUUCUUGCUUUAAUUACCAAGGUUAUCAAAAAAACAUGGAGAAAAUGAAGCCAAAUACACACUUUUCACCAUUUAUUAUAGAGGCUGUCUGUUGGAAAUGUCCUGGAAAUUUUGACAUGAUCCCUAAAUUCAACAUUGGGAUUUAAAAUAAAAUUUGAAGUUUAAAAAAAAAAA